GUUUCUUUCUUUUCCGGAGAGAGAAGAGAAAAAAGCGAGGGCGGGAAGAGACUGUUCUUGAUUCUCUUCAUCAUCGUUGAGAACGAAGAGAGAGAUAGCCAUUACCGGAAUCCAUUGCCGGAAUCUUGUGAACGUAUAGCUAUACACGUUGUUAAAUUUUACAGGAUCCGUUACUUUUGGAUGGACGAAUAGGUAGAGAUGAGCGAAGAUCUUCAUCAAUCCACUUUAAUGCUGUUGUUAAUAUUCUCUCGGGAUUUUUUCGCUUUUAUAAAGCCUACCUCUUCGUUAGCAUCGGUUCUCUUCGGCUUCUGAUUCCUGAAGAUAUUAUAAACAUAUUUCUCUCUUGUUUGUUCCUGUUUCUCUAUUUCUAGACUGGGAAACUGUUUGAUUUUAGAUUAAGGAGGAGGAGAGGAAGAAGCAGCAGAAACUGCAGCUAGGGUUUUAUCAUCACUCACCUUAUUCUCGGAAUUUGUUUCCAUCAAUUUUAUAAAGAUGCCUAUGGAUGAAAGCUUGCUGGACGAUAUCAUACGGAGGCUCCUUGAAGCUAAGAACGGCCGGACGCCAAAGCAGGCCCAGCUUACGGAGACGGAAAUCCGUCAGCUUUGCCAAAAUUCUAAGGAGAUCUUCAUCAGUCAGCCUAAUCUCCUCGAGCUUGAAGCUCCAAUUAAGAUCUGCGGAGAUAUUCAUGGCCAAUAUUCUGAUCUUCUACGGCUUUUUGAGUAUGGAGGGUUCCCACCUGAGGCAAACUAUUUGUUCUUGGGAGACUAUGUUGACCGUGGUAAGCAGAGCAUUGAGACCAUUUGUCUCCUCCUUGCAUACAAGAUCAAAUACCGGGAGAACUUCUUUCUUCUUAGAGGCAACCAUGAAUGUGCUUCCAUCAACCGUAUAUAUGGCUUCUAUGAUGAGUGCAAAAGGAGGUUUAACGUCCGUCUUUGGAAGACAUUUACAGACUGCUUCAAUUGCCUGCCAGUGGCUGCUCUUAUUGAUGAGAAGAUCCUUUGCAUGCAUGGUGGAUUGUCUCCUGACUUGAAGAAUUUGGAUCAGAUUCGUAAUAUUGCUCGCCCUGUUGAUGUUCCAGAUCAGGGACUUCUUUGCGAUCUUCUCUGGGCUGAUCCAGAUAAAGAUAUUCAAGGCUGGGGCGAGAAUGACAGAGGUGUUUCUUACACAUUUGGGCCUGACAAGGUUGCUGAAUUCCUUCAGAAGCAUGACCUUGAUCUGAUCUCCCGAGCUCACCAGGUUGUGGAAGAUGGUUAUGAGUUCUUUGCAAAACGACAACUGGUGACCAUUUUCUCAGCUCCAAACUAUUGUGGGGAGUUUGACAAUGCUGGUGCAAUGAUGAGUGUGGAUGAUUCAUUGACAUGUUCCUUUCAGAUCCUUAAGCCUUCUGAUAAGAAAGGGAAAGCAGGAUUUGGCAACAUGUUGAGGCCUGGAACACCCCCACAUAAGGGCGGAAAGGGUUAACCAGGCCAACCCACAGGACCUAGGGUGUUGGUGACAAAGUCACAAAUGGACCUCUGUUAUGGCCCUUCAAUGCUAAAGGUCAUGUAUGGACUAUGGAGACGUGUACGGUCGCAGUAAUGUCGUGCAAGCAGGAGGAAACAGAAUGAGCUAAAAUGCUUCCAGUUCAUUUUUGUUCUUAAACAUGUAAAUUAGAUUUAGAAAUUAGAGUCAGUAACUGUUUAUUGUUAUUGUUAUAGUGCAGCAAUCCCUUCCCGGCGAAAGUGUCUUCUAUAGCUAUAGUUGGUUCUGUGGAAGGCCCUCGCUUCAGGUCAUUGGAGAAUGCUGCUGGCCUAGGGUAAGGCUUUAUACAUUCUGAUGAUGAUUUUUUAUGAUUCAGUAAAACGUACACAUGAAUGAUAGAAAAACUAAAAUCA